AUGUUUAGACGGAACUAUGUAAUUGGACCUUUUCUCCGGGUGGUUGCCCCUCCUGCCCUGGCUCAGGGAAGGGCAUGGAUACGACUCAUGAGUUCUUUUGGGAGUUGUUUAAGCCAUUCCUUAAGUGAGAAAUGGUCUGACGAGGAAGAAGCUGAUAUAGAGGGCACAAAGAGUAGACAGAAAUAUGUUAAAGAUGAAGAAUUUGGGGUCUUGGAUUUAUAUAAUAAGAAUUGUCAGCAAAGUGGGGAGUAUGAUAGAAGAUAUGAAAUUGAUGAAAGUGAAUUAAGGCAUCCAUUGGUGAGAGAAAUUUGUAGGCUGGUUGGGCUGAGAUUGACUUGGAACCCUGACCUUGAAGGCCAGAUGAAGAAUUUAUUGAGAAGUCUCAAACCCCGUCAAGUUUGUGCUGUUCUUCAUUCUCAAGAUGAUGAAAGGGUAGCUUUAGAGUUCUUCUAUUGGGCUGACAGGCAAUGGCGUUAUCGUCAUGACCCAGUUGUGUACUAUGCUAUGCUUCAAAUUCUCGGCAAGACUAAAUUAUGUGAGGGUACUCGGAGAAUCCUUCUUCUUAUGCGUAGGAGGGGUAUCCGUCGCACCCCAGAAGUUUUUCGCUACUUGAUGAUUUCCUAUAGUAGGGCAGGGAAAGUAAGACAUGCUAUGGGGGUUCUUAGAAUGAUGCAUAUGGCUGGGGUUCAACCUAAUCUAUCUAUAUGUAACACUGCCCUACAUGUUUUAGUGAUGGGAAACAGGUUGGACAAAGCAUUGAGAUUUUUAAAGAGGAUGCAAAUUGUUGGAAUUGCCCCGGAUGUUGUUACAUAUAACUGCUUAAUUAAAGGUUAUUGUAAUUUUAAUCAGGUGCAAGAUGCUAUCAAGUUGAUUGAGGAUAUGCCUCUAAGGGGAUGCACACCUGAUAAAGUUAGCUUUUAUACAGUAAUAAAUUACUUUUGUAAGGAGAAAAACAUUUCUGAGAUACAGGUCCUACUUGAGAAAAUGAUGGCUUGUAACUUGUUGCUAGAUAUGGUCACCUAUAAUAAUCUCAUUCAUAUGCUUUGCAAGUAUGGACACAGUGAUGAGGCUUAUGGUUUCUUAAAGGAAGCACAGGAGAGAGGAUUUCGGGUGGACAAAGUUGGUUACACUGCUUUGGUUCACUCUUUAUGUCGGGAGGGAAGGAUAGACAGGGUAGAAGAAAUUGUUGAUGAGAUGUUUGAGAAAAACUGCAUCCCAGACGUAGUGACUUACAGUGCUGUUGUAAAUGGAUUUUGUAGAGCGGGGAGGGUGGAUGAGGCUAAGAAAAAGCUUCAGCAAAUGUACAAGAAUGGCUACAAACCAAACACUGUAUCAUACACAACCUUGCUGAAAGGCCUUUGUCAAAUUGGUCGAAUUUCAGAAGCUCGAGACAUGAUUGAUAAGAGUGAGGAGGAAUGGUGGACCCCUAAUGCCAUCACAUACAGUGUUGUGAUGCAUGGUUUCCAAAGAGCAGGAAAAUUGUCUGAGGCAUGUGAUGUGGUUAGGGAAAUGUUGAUGAAAGGUUUACGUCCAAAUCCUGCUGAAAUCAAUUUGUUGCUUGUAUCGUUGUGCAGAGAAGGAAGAACAGAUGAGGCUAAAAAGUUCAUGCAAGAGUGUCUGAGCAAGGGAUGUGAUGUAAAUGUUGUAAACUUUACAACUGUUAUACAAGGACAUUUUCAGAAGGAUGACUUGGAUGGUGCUCUUUCUUUACUUGAUGAUAUGUAUUUGGUCAACAAGAGCCCUGACAUUGUGACAUAUACAACAAUUGUUGAUGCAAUGGGCAGAAGAGGAAAAUUUGAAGAGGCAACUGAACUUAUAAAGAAAAUGCUGGGGAGGGGCAUACAUCCAAAUCCUGUUAUGUACCGAAUGAUAAUUCAUCGCUAUUGUCAGAAUGGCAGGGUGGAAGAUUUGUUAAAACUGUUGGAGAAGUUGCUGCCAAAGCAGCCCUACCAGACUGCUUAUAAUCAAGUUAUUGAAAAGCUUUGUAGAUUCGGGUAUGUAACUGAAGCUUACAGCCUUCUGGGUAAAGUUCUGAGAACGGCUUCAAGGAUCGAUGCUCAAACUUGCCAUGUGCUUCUGCAAAGUUAUCUGAACAGAGAAAACCCUCUUUUGGCAUACAAAGUUGCUUGUAGGAUGUUUAGGCGGAACUUAAUACCUGAUCCAAAGUUAUGUAAAAAAGUGAGCAAGAAACUGACAUUAGAUGGAAAUAUCAAAGAGGCAGAUAGUCUUAUGGUCCAGUUUGUUGUGCGUGGCUUUCAAUCUCCUUGUUGAAUAACUUGCUGAACGACCAAGUACUUGUCUGUGUGUGAUCGAAGAUUCGCAGGCUUUCUUUCUGGAGCCAGUUGUCAUUUUCUCCGACCACUAUUUUUGUCAAGGUCAUAAUGUGACAAAAAAUACAUCUGGAAAUCCUUAAUGCCAAAUCUGCUAGGGAUGGGGCAUGGUAAAUAGAUCUCCUAUCUAAAUAUUGGUAGUAUUACAUAAUUAAUCUUUUGGUAUUUGAAUAUAUUUAUAUUAUUCAUUUAUUGGUU